UUAGGAAGAGAAAGAGCAGAGGUCAGAGCAUUAGAAGCAGAGAAGGCAGCUCGCUUUCUUGGAGUUUUGAUUAAAGUGAAAGACAUUUAUAAGCAAACAUAUGACAAAGUUCAUCAACCAGUUCUUAUAUUAGCCAAUUGGAAAGCAGAAAUCGCGUCAACGGCUGCCAAUAGUAUAACAAACCAUAAGGAACUCCUCGGAGUACUUGGCCAGUCGACAAGGUUGAGGCUUAAAAAGGCACAACAGGAAAUAUGUAGCCCCAAACCGAUAUGGACACUUGACCAGAGCUGGUUAGAAAUUACGAAGUUCAAAUAUAAUCUUAAUGCAAGAAUCCUGAAAUUGGAAAAGGAGUUGGAUAUAGAA